AUGAGCAGACUCCCUCCAGCUCUUCUCUACUUAACGAUAUACAACCCUGCACUGAAGCCAAUAGGACCCGUAGCUGAGGAUGACGAAGAUGCCGAAGAGCAAGCCCACAUUCUCUUCUAUACGGCCCGAGAGCGCGCAGUGUCGAGAGACAAAAUGCUCAGGCAGGUCGGUCUCGCGAAGGCUCUGAUUAAAUUUUCGGAGAUGUUCUCGCCCGACGAGGCCUGCGAGAACGUGCACUCACAAUCACGCCGCAUGAUCAUAUUUUCUCCUGAGCCUGACUUUUGGAUACAUGCAUGCGUUGAGCUGGCAAAGACACCGCGGCAGGCUGCGCCUAGCAAGGUGAAAGGCAAAGGAAAGGCAAAGGGACAGGACAAGGAUAAGGCUAAGGCGAAAGACGUCGAAGUCGGGUAUGAUUAUCAUGACGGGUCGGUUCACGAUGACGAGAUCCGCUCACAACUACUGCGAGCAUACGAGCAUUUCAAGCUCGUCCACGGGUCAUUCUCUUCCAUCCUCGAAGACUUCGGUCAACAGGCUCUGGAACUACAAAUAGAACGCUUUUUCACAGUAUGGGCGUGGAAUUGGGAUAUCGAGCAGGAUGCAGACUUUGGUGCCCAUCUUGGGAUGCCUCUUCACCCCAUGUCAAAAAUACUGGUUCCUCUCUUCGACGAAUUUGCCUCGCAGAUUCCUUCGUUGAACGACACUGCACCUUUCAUCCUUGUGCCACCGUAUAUCAUACCGUCGACCUCCUUCACAAAAUGUGAACAUCCUCUUACGCUGCCUCUUUAUCUUUUGACACGCAUCCCCCCUCCACUCCCGCCUUCUCCAACACCGCCCAAGGAGACCCCAAUCUCAACAGUCCCAGACAAUUCAGACAAAUCUAGACCUACAAGUGUGAGCGGUUUCUUAUCUCUCGGUCAGACCAUGGACGUGCGCAAGUGGACAUGGCCAGGAUACCUCACAUUCGGGAAACCAGGUGGAGGGAAAGGGGUUGAUGAAGAAGUCCCGAAUCAAGAACCACACCUCAAGGAGCCUCAGGCAGACACCGGAAAUGAUGUAUCAAAGCUCACGGUUGAUAGCCUUCAGAUAGAUACCGAGAGUCUACAUGAUGCUAUGUCUUCUAUUGCUAUUCCUGUGGGCGAGGAUGCCCCACAAGCUGAUAGCACUGAGACCAUCCCGUCUCUCAUUCCUUCACCACACACGCCUUUGGACGAUAAUCUACUAGCAACUACUACUGAUGAAACCCCUCAUCUGUCCGCCAAUAUUUCUUCAAACACCAUGGACGAGGGCUCGCAUGAUACCCUAUCUAACGAACAUAACGACUCUCACGUCUCUUCUUCACCAUCGAACUCUAUUCCCUCGUCUCCACCCUCACCGGCACUGCCGAACACCUCUCCGUCACCUAUGAUUCCGGCAUCUCCUUCGUCAUCCCACGGGACGCUGUCCCCAUCAGUACCAACACCUUCCCUCUCAUCGAUAUUCGUAUAUCUGGCGUUACCCAAUCAGCCGCAAAAAACCAUGCGGCAGCAAGUGUUUUAUCUUAUUGUAAGCGACGAUUCUUCCUCAUUUGCCUUCCACUCAAACUUGCUCGUCAACCAGAAGGAUCAGUUGGCUUUUGCAUUCGUUGCUCGUACAGAUCAUGAGUACUCAGAUGAAGAACUCUUUAUCAUAUAUCAGGGUGCAUCGACCCUCUUGACCUCUAUACAAUCGCACAUCGCAGAUGAGGAUAUCAAAACGCACGUCGUCUCACACGAGAAUGCCGAGAAGUCCUUGAUUUCUGCUACGAAAAUUUUGCAGCCGAAAGACAAGCACAUCAUUGACACCGGACACGGAAUAACAGUCUCAAGCCCAGAUUUCGCGUCGCGAUCAGAGCACCUGUACCAAGGUCGUCAGCUCAUCAGUGCGCCGGAUAUUCUGGAAGUGUUUUCACGCACGCAGGGCGCACAACACUGGCACAUCGCACGGCGAGAACCAGGAGGAACAAUGUUACAGUUCAUGGAGGUGUAUCGCAAGGAGACUAGUCUGGUAGACGUAGACAACGAGCUGUCGGAAGUAGUUCGUCGGUUCAGAGAAGUGACUUAG